GUUCAUUCGGUUUCAGACAGCUCAUCAAGCGCGCGUUGCAACAUGAUUGCAACCAAUGUUGCGAUACGAACAGUACUUUAAAAAAAUCAUACUGUCAAAAUUACAAACUUCAAACAUAUUUUCCAAAUUGCUAUAGGUAGUUUGAGCUUGAUCUAGGUGACUUGAGAAUACCUACGCUAAAAAGUCUCAGAAAUGGCUAAUCAAUGGGGACAAAAAGCAGAGGAAUUAGAAAUCACAAACAAAGUAGCUGGGUUGGGCCUGAAGAAAUCUCUUGAUCAGACAGCUGAAUCUGACGAUGCUCCAGAUGCAGCAAAUCCAGCAGAAGCAUCUCUAUUAAUGAAAAUAAUAAGGCAAGGUUUAGUUGAGUCAAAGUUAGAUAUUGAAAUUCAAAGAAAAGAUCCGAACUCACCUCUUUAUUCUGUGAAAACAUUUGAAGCUCUUCAUUUGAAACCCAACCUGUUGAAAGGAGUCUAUGAUAUGGGGUUCAAUGCACCCUCUAAAAUUCAAGAAACGGCUUUACCAACAUUGUUGGCUGAUCCUCCACAAAACAUGAUUGCACAGUCUCAGUCUGGUACUGGUAAAACUGCUGCAUUUGUACUUGCUAUGUUGAGCAGAGUUGAUACUUCAAAAAAUUACCCUCAAGUGUUGUGUCUCAGUCCCACCUAUGAACUUGCAAUUCAAACUGGUGAAGUUGCUGCUAAAAUGGCAAAAUUUUGUCCUGAGAUUAAACUUAAGUAUGCUGUUAGGGGGGAAGAAGUGCCAAGAGGUACUAAGAUUACUGACCAUAUAAUUAUUGGCACACCAGGCAAGAUGCUUGAUUGGGGUGUGAAGUUUGGCAUGUUUGAUUUAAGCAAGAUUAGAGUGUUUGUGUUGGAUGAAGCCGAUGUCAUGAUAGACAGGCAAGGGCAUCAAGACCAAUGCAUCCGCAUCCAUAAAUGCUUACCAAGUACUUGCCAAAUGAUGUUCUUUUCUGCCACCUAUGACAGUGCAGUCAUGGAGUUUGCUGAAAUAAUUGUUCCAAAUCCAAUAAUUAUUAGACUUUUGCGUGAAGAAGAGUCCUUGGAUAACAUAAAGCAAUAUUAUGUGAAAUGUAAAAGCUCUGAAGAAAAGUAUAAGGCGAUUUGUAAUAUAUACGGUGUUAUUACUAUUGGUCAAGCUAUCAUAUUUUGUCACACAAGAAAAACAGCAGGGUGGCUGUCAGAAAAAAUGUCUAAAGAUGGUCACUCUGUUGCUGUGCUCUCAGGAGAAUUGACUGUAGAACAGAGAAUAGCUGUGUUAGAUCGCUUCAGAGCAGGCUUGGAGAAGGUAUUGAUUACAACUAAUGUUUUGUCUAGAGGUAUAGAUGUAGAACAAGUUACCCUUGUUGUGAAUUUUGACAUGCCAAUGGAUAUGAAUAAAAAAGCAGACUGUGAAACAUAUUUGCAUAGAAUUGGACGCACAGGAAGGUUUGGUAAAGCUGGAAUUGCUAUAAAUUUGAUUGAUUCUUCAUUGGCAAUGGAAAUUUGUAACAAUAUUGAAGCACAUUUUGGGAAAAAAAUCAAGCUUUUAGACAUUGAGGAUGCUGAAGAAAUAGAAAAGAUUGGUGCAUAGUUAUUCUUUAAUGUUAGUGUUAAGAUUUAUUUUUGUACUUGAAUUUCCUGCAUAACAAUAACAAACUGUUGCAUUGCAUAUAAUGUACCUAUAUGCAGGUUUAAAUUUAAUAAUGUUAAAGAUAUAUUUAUACAUGCCAAUGGAUAUGAAAAGCAGACUGUGAAAUAUAUUUGUAUAGAAUGGAAUGCACCAGAAGGUUUGUCAAAGCUGGAAUUGCUAUUAGUUUGAUUCUCCAUUGGCAAUGGAAAUUUGCAACAAUAUUGAAGCACAUUUAGGCAAAAAGAUCAAGCUUUUGGACAUUUAGGAUGCUGAAGAAAUAGAAAAGACUAGUACAUAGUUAUAAGAUUUAUUUUUGUACUUGAAUUUCCUGCAUUACCUACAAUAACAAGAUGUUGCACUGCAUAUAAUGUACCUAUAUGUAGAUUUUAAUAAACAAUGUUAAAGAUA